GCUUGACGGGCGCGUGACAGCGAGGGAGGGGUGGUGACCACGGCAGCUUGGAAACGUCAAGGCAUCUUGUGCCUGGCAUGUGCUCCGGGGUUAGCAGUGCAGCUUGUGGCUUGGGUGUGGCCAAGGAAUGCUAGCUUGAGCCUGGUCCCGUCGCUUGCGCAGUGAAGCUCUGCUCUGCGUGCGCUCUCACCAGAGGAGCAGGGCGAGCGUUGGUCAGCGCGACCAGAGAGGCGCGUCGUGCGCGACUGGCUCUUUUGUUCGCAACACGCCUUGUUCCCCUCACCUUCAUCAUGCCGGCCUGCGGGUCAUGCGGCUUUACGUGCGACUUUGACGCCGCCUUUUGCAAUCAAUGUGGAUCCUCCUUGCAAUACUUUACCCCCUCAGACGCGGGCACUAUCGAGUCGCGAGGUUCCUAUGUGGACAUGGAUGAGAGCCUGCGGCUUUCACAAAUGCAGCAGCAAUUUUAUCCCCUCCCACCCGAGGACCUGGAUGCCUGGUCUGAGGCCGAUACCGAGAGCGGCGACGAGGAGCAGGACCAUACGCCGCGCCAUGGUGCUGUCCUUGACGAGCCCAAUCAAAUGAGCGUCCCAUUUAGAAACGGCGCAGCAAAUUCCAGCACGAGCCAGCACCUCGCGCCGCCUGCAGAAGGGUCGCUCAUGGCUCGUUUGCGGCGUAUCGCUGAACAGCCACCCUCGGCCACACUCUCUACCACAGACCCCAGUGUUGACAUUAGCAUAAGCAAUCAUUCCGAUUCCGGCAGCCUCUACAGCACGCAAGUUGCAGUGUCCGGCGUUAUACCGCGUCGCGUGGCCAGCAACGUGCUGUUGCAGCAUAAGCCAGGCACCUACUUGCUCCGUGCGCGCAGUGAUGGGCGCAUGGGGUUGGUGCUUGCUGUGCGCCAGCACGACCAUGUGGCCCACUAUUUGAUCUGUGACGACGGCUCCAACAACUCCUUUCGCCUCUUCUCCCACCACAACUCCAACAUGCCCAGCUUUCCCUCGCUCAAGAAUUUGAUUGACUACUACAAGGUGCAUCCAAUCGGCGAGCAGGUCUUAACGUGCUCGACCGACGUUUUUGAGUGCCAUCGUACACUGAAAAACGAUCUGGAGACUGCGGCAGCCGAAGUUCGCCGAGCAGUGUUACAUGCCGAGGAUCUGAUCGAUGUUUUAUCACUGCAAGAGUUUCUCAAGACGGGGGACGCCGAGGGCCGCCUCUUGCCGGAUGACAUGCGCGAGUUGUCACUGUCACUCGAGUCGCGUCGACGCCUUUUUGCAACAGGCAUGCCUGUGGAGCGCUGGGUGCCGGAUGGCGAUGCAGAUGUCUGCCAAUGCUGCCAGGCGACGCAGUUUGGCACCUUGAAGCGACGGCAUCACUGCCGAUCAUGCGGCCACGUCAUUGCUGGCUGCUGUGUAUCGGGAGCCAUUCAUGUGCAAGAUAUCCAAUUGGAAAAGGUGUGCCGAGACUGUUUUGCCAAGCUCCAGCCCUUGCUCGAGUCAACCAGCCCCGUUGUACGUCGCCGGCGGCGAGCCAGUACCCGGGGUGAGGCCACACAUACAUACGCCGUCCCACACGGACAACUACGGCGACAGCAGGACGCCGAGUUUCUCAGCUCUUCCGUGGUCCUGCCUCCAUAUCAUCCUCGAUUCUCAUUCUAUGCUUUUACCCUAUUCAAUCGUCUCACUGCCAUUGCAAACGUUGCUCCGAGACUCAUGCCUUCAUGCCUCAACCGUGCUGCGGUUGCGGACCAAUUGAACCUUGGGCUCGCUUUGGUUCCCGCCACCGCUGUCAUGUCCAUCUCAUGCAUGCCUCACUCUCAUGCGCCCCCCUUUAUGAAAUCAAAGGUGCACACACACACACACACACACACACACACACACACACACACACACACACACACACACACACACACACACACACACACAACCCAUCCAGUGAUCAACUUUAUCUGA